AUGGCCCCCUCCCAGUCGACAAAGUCAUGCGUUCAUCGCGAUCUCAAGUUGGAGAACAUCCUCCUCGACAAGCACGAGAACGUCAAGCUCUGCGAUUUCGGGUUUACGCGAGAGUAUGAUGGCAAGGCAAGCUACCUACAGACUUUCUGCGGUACGAUAUGUUAUAGUGCACCCGAGAUGCUGAAGGCAGAGAAGUACGCCGGAGAGAAGGUGGACGUAUGGAGUUUAGGCAUCAUCCUCUAUGCGCUUCUCGCCGGGGAGCUGCCGUUUGACGAAGACGACGAUCAAGUCACCAAAAAGAGGAUUCUCACCGAAGAGCCAGUCUUCAACGAUAAAUUCCCUGACGAUGCCAAGGCCCUCAUCAACUUACUCCUGUCCAAGCGACCUCUUCUCCGGCCGAGCUUGGCCGAUAUACUGGCUCAUCCGUUCCUUGCAGAGCAUGCCCCGGAGCAGCAAGCAAUUCUUAAAAUCCCUCGUCCCGCGCCUUUCUCGACGCCCUUGGAAAGAACUACCCUACAGCGGAUGAAAAGCGCUGGAGUCAACGUCGACGAGGUCGUGGAAAGCGUUCUUGCGCAACGAUGCGACCCGCUCGCCGGCUGGUGGGCUCUCCUCAUUGAAAAAGAGCAGAGGAAAGAGCUCCGGAGGGAGCGCAAGCGACGGGAACGAGAGGCCGAAGCGAAGAACUUGCGACGACUCAGCGCCGCUAGUAGCCGCUUGGAGAAGAUCUCUGCUGCACUCCUUGAAGUGGAUGAGGAAGGACAUGCGUCUCCGGGCAUAUUGCUUCAGGAACGUGGAAGAAGGGACAGGCGCAGUCUUCCCUCUCAGCUCGCUGUCCCGGAACUGCCAAUGCUCCCUGAGCCUGUUCCCAUACAGCCUUUGGAUGUGACCAUCCCGGCGCCGCCGCCUCCUCCACCUGUUGACAAGGACUCGGUCCGAUCUGGCAGCUCAACAAGACGUCGUCCAGUACCCCCUCCAAAAGAUAAUACGCGACGGCCGAGCACACUGCAUGCUAGUGCGUCGCAGCCGGAGUUGGCACAGCACAACGGUAUCCUCAGGCGUCGAACUGGACGCCGUCAAUACCCGAUCAUCAGUCAGCUCGCAUCGCUGAAACAUUGGUUUAUGGAAUCUGCGAAGAGGGCAAAGUCUCCUCAUCCCAAAUCAGCGGGGGGAGGGCAUCGCAAGUUCUUCUCCGACAGACUGAGUCCGGGGAAAGGGCAAGAAGCCGGGAAGAAACCAGCGCCAACCUCACCAAAUAUCCCUCCUGCAGGCGAUCUAGCGACUCCGACGCAAAUCAAGCGCGCAUCUAACGCCAGUAGCCUUGCGCCAAGCAGCGCCUCCUACUCCAACAAUCGUCAUUCAUAUCCGCGACAACCUCGGCCGCUGAGUACUGGCUAUCCGAGCCAUCGUAAUUCCCUAUCUCCGUCUCCAAUCACGCCAAGGGGCUCGUACAGACGAUCCUCCACGGGACUGCGAGGUCGCAAAUCCACCUCGUCUUCUGUCUCCUCCAUACGAAGCAUUCAUCAUACGCACACUCACUCCAAAGCCUCUUCUGUCUCCUCAAACAGCAUUGGAUCCGCAUCGACCCCGACGGCUCGGCCUUCGAGAUCCCCGCACUCCUCGAUCAAAGUUCUCCCUACAACACCCAGCGCCUCUGCACGCUUUCCCAGUAACAUUCGCCUUGUACGGAAUGCAAACCAUGGAUUCCGUGAUGCGCACGAUGCGAACGGAAGGAUGCAAUCUGUUUUCAACGAAGCAGCGCCCACGCCGUUACUCUAUUCGCCCUCAAGCAGCCUUGUGUUUGCCAGGCGCAAAAAAUCUGCCUUCCGAGGUCCUAUGUUACACACAGCGAAUCUCAUGGCCUCUGGUGGCAUGGCCACAACGGAAUUCCCACACGACAAUGCUGCGAUAGAUCCGGCCCAUGGUGCAGGCAAGGCUCGGGCUGCAACGCGGAAAAGUCAAAUUAUCGAAGAAGAGGAGGAUAUGGCAGAGGAAGAUAUUGAGGAGGUAGAGACUUUUGACGGUCCAGAUGAGGAUCCAGGCUCGCCAGUGGAUGCUAUCAUCAGGCCUGAGGAAGAGAGUAAGCCUUUCGACUGUUCUAGUGAUUUACCGAGCAACUAUCAAAAACCAUCGCUCGCCCCUGCGCCGGAUAUCGACACGAGCCCACUUCGACCGCCUCGCUCUUCCUCCCUGAAAGCAUCAAGAGCAGGAACAGCAGAUGCGCCAGCUCUGCACGAUGAGGACAGCAAGACCGUUGUUGUCACCUCCACAAACGCUGUGGCUCCCUAG